AUGGAAAACACGAUAGUAGAUCAACUUGCACAAAGAAGUCAGAAUUGCACUGAAAAAAUUGAAAAAUACGAGUUCGAAGUCUUCGACUUGGACAUUCGAACCGAUCAAACGAGUUUUCCGGAUUAUCAAAUAAUCUCGAAAACAAUCAAGAAUAUUGAGAACAUUCUAAACAAAAGUCACCAAAUAUGUUCCAACGAUGAAAUUCUGAAUCAUUUUCGGAGUCGAAUUGGAACAAUACUGAUUAUUUUCAAGAAAUAUGGAAAUGUUCUUGCCUGGAAAAUGUUAUCUAACUGGAUGAAAAUAUUGUCCAUGUCAGAAAAAUGUGAAGAUAAUGUGAAGGAAUCAGCUGUACUCCGACACAUGAGACCCAAAAAGUGGGUUGAAAGCUGCACCGGAGCGGACAAAUACAUACUACUCAUGAAGUACAAAAUAAUGCUGAUAUGCAACCGACCCAAAACAGACACCAACAGAUCACAAAGAUGAACAUAUCCCGCAGAACAUUGCCUCUGUUUUGCAAUACAUUCGGGACCCAAAAUUAAUCAAGGACUUUGGCGCAGCCUUGCAAAGUUUCUCACUCGGACGUCAUACGUUGAACGGCCAUUGUGCCUCAGAGACAGUUCAGGCCUCGAACGGGGAAAAAGAGCACGCAAAAAUGCAGUAUAACCUUCCUCCCGAUGUGAAAGACAAAAAAAGAAACUCCUCAUUGGACACGGUAUCUCGUUUUUAAUUCAUGUCAUUAUGACCUAUACCUUGUUUCUUGAAUGGUACAAUGCAAUCGAUCCAAAAAUUACUGUAGUUGGAGCUAUUAUUCUGAUGGUUUUCGUCUUGUGUUUAUUACUUCUCGCGUUCGGCGGCUUCGUCUGGAUGUUGCACGGAAAAUAUAAAAACGAAAAGGCAGAGACGGAGUUUUUCAUUUUACUCCCCCUGUUCAACAUCGCGUGUGCAACAAUCUAUCAGUUUGUUGUUCAACUUUUGGCAUCUCAAUUGUCAAUAAAAGUACCAAAUCUGGCGUCCUCAAUUGCGGCCUCUAUAUCAGUUGCAACUCAUAUGAUUCUUCAUACUUUUGCACUUUUUUGGAAGUCACCAUUAAUAAAAUAAUU